CCAGAGCCUGGCAUUCUUUGGCUCUCCGGGGAGUCUGGAUCGGGCAAGUCCUCCGUCGCCCACACGUUCGCUGACAGUUUGCAUUCGAAAGGCAAGCUCGCUGUCACUUUCUUCUUCUCAAGGAAGGACAUCGAUCGUCGGAACCUCAAUCGAUUCUUUGUCACUAUAGGAUACCAGCUCGGGUUGGCCCAUCCUCGCGCCAGAGAGGUUGUCAUCAAAGCUAUC